UGUCAAAUCUAUCCGCAUUCACAGUUGCAUCAAUAGCUCGUGUUUUCGUAAUAUAUAUAAUAGGGGGGUUUGCAAGCUGAAAUAUAAGCUUACUUUCAAUUAAAUCCAAACUCAACACAAGAUGUCAAUCCCUCCAGCAAGUGGCAUUGGACGCUACUACAAGCAUUCGGCGAAAAUUAUCCGCUUCGUCCGUCUGGGUUGUACAAAUCGUCCGUUUUACCAUAUUGUCGUUAUGGAGCGUCGAAAAAAUCAGCAUCAACCAGUCAUAGAACAAGUCGGCACUUAUGAUCCAAUGCCGAAUAAGCAAAAUGAACGGUUAGUUUCUUUUAAUUUUGAACGUAUACGCUAUUGGUUGGGUUGUGGAGCCCAUCUGUCAACACCAGCGGCAGAGUUACUGGGUAUUGCUGGUUUUUUACCUAUACAUCCGCGCACUUAUAUGACCGCCUGGCGUAAUAGGCAACGAAGUGCAAGUGAAGAAAAUCAAGAAAAGGAUGCCGUUGUUACAUAGCACCAUAUAAACAAAUAAUAAAUUAAUUUAAUGUUUGUAAUUAAAUAUAUAAAUAUAACCAGAAAACGCAAAAAGAGCUAUAGAUUUGUUAAACGUAUGUUCGUUUAAAAAUUAGUACAUGCAAAUACAAAGGCGUCAAGAUAAAUCAUUCCACUUUUUCAAUAUUAUUAUGUCAGUAUAUUUUCGCAUGCAGCUAGAAGCUCCAUAUGCACACAAUUCAAUUUGGCAUUUGUGUAUAUGUAUAUAUAUAUCUCUUCUUGUGUUAUAUAUACCAUUGUUAUUGUUGUAGCAGCAUGAACAUUCCCCAUACAUGUACUGAAGUGACAAGUCUCUGGCUGGACAUAUAUCCGAGUCGUUCCGGUAACGUAGAACCGACUUUUGUGCGAAUGUUAUGUACAGUACCUGCUUGACAGGUGUUCGUACCAGGUUUUUCUUCCGGAUUUGUGGUGUGCUCUUAGAGUUCUUCUAAAAUUGGACUAAUUACACUUUUUACGAUGCCUACUCCAAAUGAAAGAUGGGUUUUAUAAGGUUUAAGACAGAAAAUGUACUCAGAGGAGCAUGUUAAGAGAUGAGCGCUAUUAGUAUAUAAAAUAUACAAAACAGAUUGGCAAUUCCCAAAAGCAAUAAUGAAGAGCAUUAACUCUUUUUAUUUCUUAAAGCGUUAUAGACGAAAUAACCAAUUUUCGUGACAUAGUUAGAAAUUAGCAUCCCGCCGUGGUUGCGCAUAUUGGAUAUUGCAAUGCAUUUUGUCUAAGAAAUAAAAGAGAUAUGACUUUAUUUGAAUACGUUUUGAAAAUCAUCCACAUUUAAUAAAUCGAUUUUAUUCGCUUUCGUUUUAUCCAAGGCGCAUUCGUUAAAGGUGGUGGCACUAGACCAACAACAAUGUUCUGUACGUUUGAUUGUCAAAUCAAAGUAUUGGGGAAACUGCAAAACAAAUAAUGAAUUCGCCCUCUUUCAUUCUGAGCUGACAGCCACAUGGACACGACAAAAGAAAAAAAAAACAACUCAGCUGAUUUACCAACACCAACGCCUUGGUUUUAUCAUUUUCUAAAUAGAUUAACAAAGCUCAAAAAUCGAGUGCAAAGUUUUCAAAUUUAGAUUUGUAGGUAUGUUUUUAUUUUUUCAAGCAUUAAAGCCAAAAAGUAUUUACUUCCACUAAUUUUUUUCGUUACAAUAAAAAUUUAAGCUGAUAAUACAAUACAAUUUUAAAAGCAACAACUAAACUUCUUAGAUUUCCCCGCUUAAGUGCAAAUAUAACCCAUCCAACACCUUUAUGACCAUCCAUAUUUUUUCAUUACUUUCCACACGAGUAGGAUUUUUACUUUAAUUAGAAAAAUGUAAUCUACGUUUUUUUUUCUUCAUACGUUUGCUGCUAGUGUAUGA